CUCUUCUCUCCUCUUCCUCCUUCACCCCCGCGAGCUUUCAGGAUGUCACACCUCUAUCGCAACGGACACCGCCAUGCGCGGGGCUAAAACGUCGGGAGGGGAACGUGAACACACCAAAGAAAGCUAUGACUACAAUUUAUGGAACACGCGAAUAGUUUAGCUCAAAUUCUCUCGUGGAGAAGAAAAAAGGAUAGACGACCGUCAAAAGCAUUACAUAUUUUACGUUAUCAAUAAAAUUAAUAUGAAUGACAAGGAAGAUUGUGCAUGGGUCUUUGAUUCAUUAGUUGGAUUUUUGCAAGGCCCAAUUUGGUCUGCACCAUUGCUGACCUUCAUAGAAGAAAAAUCAUUGAUCUUCGAAGCAGACGAGGAGGAUAACAAUGAAGAAUAUCGUAAAAUAUAUCAGGAAUAUAAAAAUUUGGUAGAUCUCUUACUCGGAUGUUUCAUGGAGGACAUGGGUAUAACACCGGAACAAUUCGAAUACGCAUGUAACAUUAACAAAAAUACAAAAAUGCCGAUACAAUUUCAACAAAGUUUAUUCGAACAAAUAUGGGCGGCAAACGAGUACGAAAUCUUUAAAAGGAUGAUGAUACAAAAGAAUUUAGAGUUGCAAUUGCAGGCAUUGAACAUGAUAGAACAAAAAUUUGGCCUAACUCCAGCUUCUCUUAUGUACGAAACAGAAGGUUUGCAGGACGAGGAAUUAGUAAUGGAAGAGUUAAUUAAUAAACACAUUAUGGAGAGUCAAAAGGAAGAACAAGCGAUACCUACGGAAACUUCUCUUGUUGAAGAGCACGAACGUCUUGCUAAUGAGUAUCGUAAUGAGAGGACAUUGAUGGAGGAAGCUUUGAGGGCUACGACACGAUCUUCUGAAAAUUCUUCUCUCGAACCAGAGACAAAUACUACUCAUGAGAAUAUCAAAGCUCGAAUUGAAAAAUUAGAAAAAUUGCCGCCAUUGAAAACAUUUCAACCACUUGAACCGAUAUCUUCAACAAAAAUGGAACGAGUUCGGAACAAUACGAAAGAAGAAGAUAUAAAAAGACGGCAAGACUAUCUAAAAGCAAGACGAGACGAAUUGGUAGCCCUAAAGAAAGAAGUACGUAGUCAGCGGCUCGAAAUGAAUGCAACGCGUCCGAGUUCUGCUCGAGUAGUUGCAGAUGCAACGAUAAAAGGAGAGCAGGAAUUAGACAUUGGUCAGUCAUUGGAACCGUCAAUUCUUCAAGUACGUAAAGCUUUAGCGGCACGAUUGAAGGCCGAAGUUGUGCACAAGUGAAGUGAAUAUAUAAUAAUAUAUUUAUCAUUAUUAUACGUAUGUUCUAUUGAUCGUAAUCCGGGAAAAUUGAUUGAUUGAUUGAUUGAUUGAUUAAUACUCGUAAGAGGAUAUGUUUCGUCUUCUUCCGUCUCUUUUUAAAUUUAAAUAUUAAAACCUUUUUUUCUCUUUUUUCUUUUCUAUGAGCUUUUUCAUCAUUCAAACGAAAAAAUAUAAGACGUAGUUAUACGCAAACAUGUUGUUUCAGUUUAUUCGUAUUAUGAAAGGUUUUAUUUGUAUAUAAAUGCCUAACUUGUUUCAAAUAUAAUACUUGGAUUGCUCAUAAAUUACAUAAAUACUAUGCAUACUACUUCAUUCCUCAGUAUCUCGUUCCCUUUAGCGAUAUAAAUAAAAUUGUUCAAUCGUUUAUCUCGAAGAAUAAAAUUUGUAAUUAUUGCCUACAUGAUCAUAUACGAUCGACAUUUUUUCUUUUUUGUUUUUUUUUCAAUUAGCCAGAUUAAUAUUUACAAUGUUGUUACAAAAUAUGAGCUAAGAUUAUGUGUUUCACUGAAGAGAAGGCAAAGAUAAUGACGAAAUAUAAAACGUUUUUUUACGAGUAAAUCGAUAAUAAUAAAGAUAAUGCUAUUUAAUUCGCCGAUUGCGCCCGAUUUGAAAUAACAAUUUUGCGAGUACGCUUUUUAAGGUAGGGUCUGUAACUCUAUCUAAUAGACGCUUUUGUCUAAAUUUUUAAUUUUAUUUAAUUAAAUAUUGUUCGCACUUCUACACCACACAUAUUUUGCGUCAGUCACACCAUCAUUUUCACCUUUACGACCAACUUUAAUAUUGAAUAAGACAGAUCGGUAGCAAAAAACAAGCAAUAAGUACUCUAAUGUGUAAUUCUGUAAUUAUUAAUUACUGUAACAAUAUGUACAUAUUAAAUACACAUUUAACACGAUGAUAAUAUUUCUGACAUAUAUUAAUAAUAAUGAUAAAAAAAAAAAAAAGAAAAAAAAGGAAAAGAACAAAAGAAAGGAAAAACAAAAAAGGACAAAAAUGAAAACGAUACUACGUCUAACACACAUUAUAGAUCACGGAAAGCAAUAAGAGUAAAAUUACAUUUGAUUAAAAGUAAAUUAUUACAAAUCCUUGUAAAGGUCGAUAAAUUUCGUUAUUAAUAGACAUCAAAUAAAAUAACUUGAAUUAAUCGACUUUUAUAAAGAUACUCUUUUUUUCUCAUUUAAAUAAUGCAAUGUAUUCAUUGCAUCUAUUGUAAGCUUUUCUUCCAUUCAAUGUUGCUUGUUAUAUGCUACUUAUUCUGCCUAUAUAAUAUUCGGCUUAGUUAAUCUAAUCUUCACAUCAUUCAUUCUCCGACAGAAUAAAAUGCAAAAUAUGAUCUUUCGUUUGUAGUCCAUUCACAUAUUUAUCAUUGUCAUGCACACUGAUUUUUUUUUAUAACUGCUCAUUAACUUACAGAAUUGAUGAACUUCAUUUUCUUAUAAAAAACGUGUGAUUUUUCGCGUUUGUGUGUUUGUAUGUGGCUACAUAUGUCAGAGAACAAAAAUGUCACAUUCUGUUGGUAUUUUAAAUGUAAAACGCACGUUAUCAUUAAUAUUAUAUCAAUAUUAUUAUUAUUAGCACGUAUGGUAUUGUACAAUGUGUAAAUUUCCGUUCUUUGAUUAAUGUUACAAUGUAAUGACUAUGUAACAUUGAAUACAGCAAUCUUGGUAAUAAACUGCCAGACAAAA